AGCGGCGGGCGGGGUCGCGGCGCCGGCGUGCGUGCUGCCGGCGCAGAGCCGGGAGGCCGCGGCUUAGAGUGGGCCUCGCCAGCCAGGUCGCGCUGGGGGCGAGGGGAUCAGGAGUGGAGCUGGGUGGGGUGGUGACUCUGGAGGGCGGAGGAUCCCAAGGAGACAGAGAGGACGAGAGCUAGAGGGAGAUCGGAGAGCGGCGAGAGCGCUACGGAGGGUGGGGUAGGAAAGAGGUACCAGGAGGUGAGACGGUAUGAAACUGGAGCUUGGAGGGGAGCCCGGGGCAGAAACGGGUGAGGCGGGAAACACGGUGCGGGUUGUGUGGGGUGUGGUCGGUUGGUAAGAUCCGGAGGUGUGACGUUCCCAGGUGGGAGAGGUGGGUUGAGAAAGAAGGCUGAGUGGGGAGAAGGGUCCUAGGGAGACGCCCAGGGGUGGUCAGCGAGUGGAGGAGAGCUGAGCUGGGAUCCAGAGCCAGGUGGGGAACAGGCAGAGUGGGGGGUUCAGUAGGCAGCUGGCAGGUGGGCUGAGGUGUGAGGCUGGUAUAAAGUGAAGGAGGGGCCAGGUGGAGGUGAGGAUGAGUCUAGCUGGGGAGGCAUCUCAGAAGUGAGGCCGGUGCAGACUUAGGGUGCUCCCAGGGCGGAAACCCCACAGUAGGCUGAAGGCUCAGUCAGGUGGUUGCUCCUCCCCCAUGGGGGAGACCUCCCCCUGGUGGUCGCUGGAGCCAUGCUGUCCCGCAAAGGCAUCAUCCCUGAGGAGUAUGUGCUGACGCGGCUAGCAGAGGACCCGACAGAGCCCCGGUACCGUGCCCGUGAGCGGAGAGCCCGCUUCGUGUCCAAGAAUGGCAACUGCAACGUGGCCCACAAGAACAUCCGGGAGCAAGGUCGCUUCCUGCAGGACGUGUUCACCACGCUCGUGGACCUCAAGUGGCCAUACACGCUGCUCAUCUUCACCAUGUCCUUCCUGUGCAGCUGGCUGCUCUUUGCCAUGGUCUGGUGGCUCAUCGCCUUCGCCCACGGUGACCUGGCCCCUGGUGAGGCUGCUGCUGUGCCCUGCAUCACCAGCAUCCACUCCUUUUCAUCUGCCUUCCUUUUCUCCAUUGAGGUACAGGUGACCAUUGGUUUCGGCGGGCGCAUGGUGACCGAGGAGUGCCCUCUGGCCAUCCUGAUCCUCAUUGUGCAGAACAUCGUGGGGCUCAUGAUCAAUGCCAUCAUGCUGGGCUGCAUCUUCAUGAAGACUGCCCAGGCCCACCGGCGGGCUGAGACCCUCAUCUUCAGCAAGCAUGCCGUCAUUGCCCUGCGCCACAGCCGCCUCUGCUUCAUGCUGCGCGUGGGCGACCUCCGCAAGAGCAUGAUCAUCAGCGCCACCAUCCACAUGCAGGUGGUGCGCAAGACCACCAGCCCUGAGGGCGAGGUGGUACCCCUCCACCAGUUGGACAUCCCCAUGGAGAAUGGUGUGGGUGGCAAUAACAUCUUCCUGGUGGCUCCCCUCAUCAUCUACCACGUCAUUGACGCCAAGAGCCCGCUCUAUGACCUGGCGCCCUGCGACCUGCACCACCAUCACGACCUUGAGAUCGUUGUCAUCCUGGAAGGUGUGGUGGAAACCACGGGCAUCACCACCCAGGCCCGCACCUCCUACCUGGCCGACGAGAUCCUGUGGGGCCAGCGCUUUGUACCCAUCGUGUCUGAGGAGGAUGGCCGCUACUCUGUGGACUACUCCAAGUUUGGCAACACCAUCAAAGUGCCCACGCCGCUCUGCACGGCCCGCCAGCUGGAUGAGGACCCCAGCCUGCUGGAUAUCCUGACCCUCGCCCGCGGGUCCCUGCGCAAGCGCAGCAUGGCCGUGGCCAAGGCCAAGGCCAAGUUCAGCAUGUCUCCAGAUUCCCUGUCCUGAGCCCUGCUCCCUUGGACCUCCCUCCUCAUGUGUGUGCAGGCCAGUGUGGCAUGGUAUGUAGAGCGGACGUGGUGCGGGCCCCUCGGCCAGGACAGGACCUGUUAAGAGGCUGGGCCCUCCUCAUCUCAGCCUCCCCUCCGGCUGCUCGCCCAGGGUGUUGCAAGGCACUUGUCGCUACUCUAUUUCUGGCCUCAGCAGGAGCCUGUACCGGGUUAUUUUUGUCCCUGCUCCUCCCAGCCCCAACUCAGGACUGGCUUUCCCCCCGACCCCGCCCCAAGCUAGGGGAGCUGUGAGAAGUGUCAGGCCCUAAAGCUGGGACUCCCAUCUAGUCCUUGGCCGCCACGACUGACCGGCUGCAAGCCGGGUGGGUGGCUGGGGAAGAACAGUCCCCAGAUGGGAGGCCUGCUGCUCUGUUUCUGUGGCCCUGAGAGAUGCCUGUGGUGAGGCCCCAGCCCCUACUUGGUCUCUGAAAAGAUGAUGGCCAAACGGGUGGGCCUGGCCUGCUGGGGAGGGCAGGCAAUGAGGGAGCACAGUCUAGCUGGAGGGUUGGAGAUGUGGAGCCUCCCUGGGGCGGGCUUGGCAGAGAGGAAAUGGAACCGGGAGGCUUACCUUGCUGAGCCCUGCCCAGGCACGGGGAAGGGGAGACGGGCCCCUUACCCCUGACCCCAAGGCUUCUUCAAUGGGGGCUCCAGGGGCUGGGGCUGCUGCCCCUGCCUGCUCCCAUUCUGUCCCCGGCCCUGGGAGGCUGGAGUGGGCUGGGGCGGACCCUGGCGUGCCAAGCUGAAAGAGGCUGGGGAGAGACUGGGGUCCUGGGCCCACCACACUUGGCAGGCCUCAGACUGUACUCUGGCCUGGCUCCCCCCCAGUGGUUGCCACUCACUUUGUCAAGAGGGUGGCCACAGAGGGCCUUUGGGUUGCUAGAAAAGGAGAUGUUGGAAAGCUCAGGAUGGAGGGGGUGGGUGAGGUCCCUGAGGCAAAAAGGCCCUCGGUCCUGGCAGGCUUGACCCGCAAGCCGGACUCUUGGAGCAGUGCUGUGUGUACUUGCCCAGAAUUCUGCCUUCUCCAUUGUCAAUAAAGCCUCCCCCUUCGUGACCUAAA